AUGAGGUAUGGGAGAUUUCGAAGUGGAUAUCCUUGCAGUUGGAACAAGUGUGGAUAUUCAAAGGACAGACGGCCGUGUACACUCAGCUAUUGUGAGCGGGAAGCCAAAGGAAAGGAAAUUGAACUUGAGGCUAUUUUUCAACUUAAUCCAAAUUUGAAGUAUUCAGAGCCUGUUGCAGAUAAUGUUUGCGGAACUGGUGAAAUCAAUCGUAAUCAAUCAGCUAAAGAAGUCGGUGUUUCUUUACACCGUCCUGCCAUCAAUCUUCCUGGUGAUAUACGGAAUUCGGUAGCUGUAUCAAAUUCUUUGCAUAUUUCUUCUGCUACUUCUAUUGUUACUGCUACUGGUCCUACUGCACAAAGUAAAGUGAAUCCUACACAAAUAGAUUAUUCAUCUAAUAAUCAAUCUCGUUUGGCUGCUCCUUCAACACGUGUUCCUGUUCCAUCGUCUCGUGUACCUACUAGUCAUCCUGCUACGCGAUCUACAACAAUGGGAGCUUACGAUGAUCGUACACAUCAGUCUUUUCGCUCUCAAGCCUCUAUACCAACACAUAAUUCUGUGGAUAUAAAGCAAACUCAACAUGAAGCAUCCCGCUAUCAUGCUUAUCAUCAACGUUCAGUUACUGGAGAACCUAUGGAAGAAGAUUUAGAGCCAUCGGAACCUGUUCAAUCAGAUCAAGAUGGUUACAGUCAUUUGAUUAAUAUUUCAAGGGAGCCAGAAAAUACAGGAUUAAUAGGAGAUUGGAUGGAUCAAGAGAAUGGUGAUACAACUGAAGAUAAUAUCCCUCAAUUAGUAGCCAAUGGAAGUCGUGCAGGCGAUGGAUCACGUCGUCCAAUGGCUCGUCCAAGCUCAAACUUUAGUACAUCUAAUGUAAAUACAACAUUUCCAACAAAUUCAAUAGGGAAUAACACUUCAAUUACAAUAGCACAAAGUAAUGCAGGAGGUAGUGGAACUUUACGUAAAUCGAAUUGUGUUAAAGAAAUUGAACGAAUACAACAAAGACGUGAAGAACGACGUGCUGCACAAAAAGCAUUUCGUGAUCAAAUUGAUUUAGAUCCAAGUAAUCCUAGUUAUGAAUUUCAUAUGAUGAUUCAUGAAUAUCGAAAUACACUGGAUUAUCGGCCGUUAACAAAUACAGAUGCAAUAGACGAUCAUCAAAUUUGUGUAUGUGUACGAAAACGUCCAAUGAAUAAAAAAGAGCUUAGUCGUCGUGAAAUAGAUGUGAUUACAGUACCGAAUAAACAGCAUGUUCUUGUUCAUGAACCGAAAACUAAAGUUGAUUUAACCAAGUAUUUGGAGAAUCAACAAUUUCGUUUCGAUUAUGCAUUUGAUGAUACAUCAGAUAAUGAGCUUGUUUAUCGGUAUACAGCUAAACCUUUAGUAGAAUGUAUAUUUCAACGUGGUAUGGCGACAUGUUUUGCUUAUGGUCAAACUGGUUCUGGCAAAACGCAUACUAUGGGAGGUGAAUUUCAUGCUCGAGGUCAACAGAAUUGUUCAAAUGGAAUUUAUGCUCUAGCAGCGGCUGAUGUUUUCAAUUUGAAUGCUACCAUGUAUAAAAAUGAGAAUCUUCGAGUUGAGGCUGCAUUUUUUGAAAUAUACAGUGGAAAGGUAUUUGAUCUUUUAAAUAAGAAGGCAAAACUGAGAGUAUUAGAAGAUGCAAAAGGUCAAGUACAAAUAGUUGGAUUACGUGAAGAAGAAGUGAAUUCAGUUGAUUGUGUUUUAAAACUUUUACAACAUGGUGCACAUAUUCGAACUAGUGGCCAAACAUCGGCAAAUCAACAUUCAAGUCGUUCACAUGCUGUUUUCCAACUUAUCUUAAAAAAACAAUCAACUGGAAAAAUACAUGGUAAAUUUUCACUUAUCGAUUUAGCUGGUAAUGAACGUGGUGUGGAUACAAGUAGUUCAGAUCGACAUACACGAAUGGAAGGUGCUGAAAUUAAUAAAAGUCUACUCGCUUUAAAAGAGUGUAUUCGUGCUCUUGGUCGACGUGGUGCACAUUUACCUUUUCGUGCAAGUAAAUUAACUCAAGUAUUACGUGAUUCAUUCAUUGGUGAUCGUUCACGAACAUGUAUGAUUGCUAUGAUAUCACCAGGAAUGUCAAGUUGUGAACAUACAUUAAAUACAUUGCGUUAUGCUGAUAGAGUAAAAGAACUUGGUCCAGGUACAUUAUCAGCAAGUAACAGUAAUACUGACCUUCUAGCGCCUAGUAACAAUAAUCAAACUCAAUUAUCAGCUCGUGCUGUCAACAGUGGUGGUGCAGUGAUCUUGGAAGUCAUCGAAAUGCUACAAGCACAGUUGGUUCCACUACAGUAG